AUGGUGGCUGGUCGCUUUCUGGCGGCUACACUGGCUGCCACAGGUCUGUCUCACGCCACCAGCAGCGAUGGACAGGCCGUCAGCAAAGACUUCGGCCCCAGCGUGCAAGUGGCCAAGACCCGAGGCCCUCAAAUCUUCAACGCCGUGCACGACUCCAUGAGACAAUGGGGUGCGUCUCUUCAUCACAAUGGCAUGUCCUUCUUCCUGGCCACAGUGCCGGAGGGCGUGAUUUUCCACCAUGGCAAUAACGACGAGAGAUCGCCAGAUGAUCCCGACUGGCUCGCAUAUGAGAUCGAGCACGCCGAGGGCUUCGCGCGAGGAGGAAGGGGUCCUGGUGGAGGACCAGGCAAGGGACCUGGUGAUGAGUCCCUGGGCCAUACGUCCCGCCGCGACGAGUCCCCUGCUGAGUCGAAAGGAGGUUGGCUGCAUACAUAUCGCACAACUCGUACGAUGCGGUACAUCUACAUUGACGGGAUGAGUGGAGGCAAGACCACAAUGGGUACACUGGAUUCCCAGGACCACCUGUUGCGGCAGACGAGGACCGUGCGUGGUGGAGGGCCUAUGGACGAGAGACAACGCGCUAUCGAGAUCUGUGCAUUGUGCAAGGACUGGAAACUUGACGGCGCUGUGCGUAUGGAGGCGGGCUUUGAGAUCAUCCACUGCGACUUCUACGACGGGCUCGAGGAGAUACAGGCCAUGCAGCGUCCAGGCUCCAACAGCCGUGGCCCAGGCGGUGGUGGCAACUUCGAGUUCCUCCGCGGCCUCUCGGAGCGAUAUCAUGAUAUCGGCUCGUCAAGAACCAACAUUGAUUACUCAUCCAUGGUCUCGGCCUUCUUCUUCCCAAUCAACCUCACAAACCCCGACCCUGCGCGCCCUGACCUGCCCAGACUCGUCAACACAACCGAUGCCGAGCUCGAGGCCAUCCGAGGCUACCUCAACACCACGAUCGCCGCGCGCCUCAACGACCCCGUCCGCCCUGUCGACUGGCAAGACGUCACGGAUAUCAUCGUAGCCCGCUACGCCGACCGUCUGCAGUACAUGGCCGAGAAGACAACCUCGGUCUCUGAGAUUGCGAACGAGCUCAAGUUCCUGCUGACGGUCUACAUCGACUACUCGGGCAAAGACGGUGCCAGCGAGCAGGUGCCAGCUGCCAUCGACCGUUGCACUAACUUCUUCCUCCAUGCCGUCACUCCCGCCACGGAGUCGGACAAGAUGAUCUACGCUGCCAUCCAGACCGUGACGUCCAACAUCUGCACUACGCUCUUCAACGUGCGAGAGCUUGUCGACGGUGCGAAUAGCGACGACGCCGAUGACUCGGAAGCGACGAUGGCAGAGGCCGUUGCCCAGCUCAAGGGCUUGAUGGACGACCUUUCCUGGGCUCGCUUCAAGCGGUGCCCGCCUUGCGGUGUGGAUGAGGUCUGCUUCAUCCCCAUGUGGCCUAUGGGUACGAAGGCGGACUAUGACUCGCCCAGCUGUGUCAACUCGUCCAGGUCAGGCAGGGGAGACUCGGAGGGAUACUGGGGCCACUUUGGAGGGCCAGGAGGGCCAGGUGGCGGUAGAGGUGGAAAGGGCGGACCUCCUCGCCCAUGA